AUGCCAUCGAUCCAGCUGCUGCUGCUUCUCUUCUGCCUAACCUUGUCUGGUGUUUGCCUCAAUGGGGGGCAGCCCCUUCCAGAGGAAAGUGACAACAUGGUUAAAAAUGCCCUCGAUGACAUCCUGCAGAGAUCCGAAAGCCUCAUUCUUCAGUCUGCCCUCAAGAACACUGAAGAGAUGAAUAAAGAAACAAAUGCCCCUCUGCCAGAAUGGCUUUCCAAAACACAGGACUCUGGGAAGAAGCACCUGAGUGGUCUGGAGAAGAGGCAGCAUCCUGGAAAAAGAGAUCCUGAGGAAGACACUCAGAAGAGGCAGUAUCCACGGAAAGGAGAGAUAGAAGAUGACCUUGACAGCUAUCUGGAGCUGAAAAAGCGACAGCACCCUGGCAGAAGAUGGCUGUUGGAGCAGGAUGCUGACACCCCUGCUGCACAGCCAACCUACUUAAAUCAGCUCCCCAAAAGGCAGCACCCAGGCAGGAGGUAUUUGAUUUCCAAGUGGCAGCAUCCUAGCAGAAGAGGCUGGAACGAUGAGGUAGAACUAAAUGAGCGAUAUGGUGAGGAACGCCAGCGCCCUGGCAAAAGGCCCUGGAAUUCUGACAGCCCUGAGGAUGCAGGCCCCUGCAGCUUCCAGGAGCCUUUCACCUGUCACAAAGGCAGCCUGUUGCUUGAUUUAGUAGAAAGCGUUGGCAAAGACAGGGUAGAAGAAAAACGUCAGCACCCAGGAAAGAGAUCAGUGUGGGAGAGUGAAACAGAGGAAUGA